AUGUGGCAUCCGCUUGUGUCCCUUGCAAAAGAGCCCAUCUUAGGCAAGUCUCCUUAGCAUUUGCGCAUUUCUGUACCUUACGCUAACUUAUCCUAGAUGUGACGGUACGUUUACUCAUUUAUCCAGGGAUCGCGGUGCUAGCUUUGUUCUAAAGCUAAGAAAGUCAUCAUUUCUACUGGAACCAUAUUUGCCUUUGGUUUCCUCGACAAAGCUGCUCAAAAAAAGUCCAAUGGCAAGAGAAUUAUACUCAUUGCUUUUGACGGAAGCAUAAUCUUCAAAUUCUCAAGCGAGAACAGUAAUGAUUCUGCGAACAUAAUAUGAUAGGCGAUUGAUAUUUAGCAUGAGCUUAGCGUAGUAAAAUCUCCGUUAAGGCUAUGGACUUGUUUAGUAACAUGCCCGUGGCUUACUACUAGUGGCAGCGCCAGUGGCUCUAUCGGAGAAUUCAGUUGCCGUGUCCGGCACUAGAUACGAGGAUCGAACAAGUAGACAAUCGAAAGUUCGUUCUAGUGACGACUAACUAUUCAAUUUCUUUCCAAUCUGUAUAGUGUAAUUUCGGAUUGCGUGGUGUUGCGGAGUACGAAGACUUCCCAAGUAUACCACGGAAUAUUCCGGUAUCAACCUAUCCAUGUAUGUUGCAGCAUGUACUAGGGUGUCGUACAACACGAGGUGCACUUGUACUAGGCUUGGCUAAACACUUAACCAAAUCUCUGGGACAAUGAUGACUCGUGGGUAUGAAACUUGCAAAUACAUCUCAAGCGGUCAUAUCCCGCAUGAAAUUCUUUUGAUCUCCAAAACACAACGUUGAUUCAUUGCACACCCCUCAGUAUUCAAACCGAAAAGCCCGAAUACUAAUCUUAUUUUAUUCCUAGCUCAACGGCCAUGUUCGAGAUGCCUAAGCAACGGGAAGGAGGAUACGUGUGUGGAUGUUCAACACAAAAGAGGGGCGCCCAAGGUUAAGGGAUGAGCGCGAGCCUCGGUACGAAGGCAGUGGAUCAAAUUACCCACCUCCCGCAGAUACGAUGAGAAGGCCAAUAUCGAUGUUCGCCGCUGGAGACGUUUCAAUUUCUACUCCAUAUUCCGAAGCCCAACGAAAUAGUGGAUAUAGAGUGUUGAAGUCGCAAGGUGGAAACCCAAUGAACCAAUCAAUGGUUCCAACCCCAAUCAAUACUAAUGUUUAUGGGGAGGCAAUGCCGACAAGUCAGCGCAUGACUCCUUGUGAACCGGCUUGUGCAUUUCUUACCAUGGAAAUGCAGAUCGCCAAAACAACUCAAGCUUUCUCCGGAGUAGUUGGUACACAUUCAGUCGUGGGAAGAAAGUUGCAUGAUAUUGUGAGUGUAAGCGAUCGCGAUAAGAUCUUCCGAUUACAGAGUGGAUUCGAAGAUGAGCGUCGCAGCAGAGAUCCGAGUUACCUACCUCCAAUAUUUUCGAAAGAAGAGGAAGAUAGGGUCAUUCAGUCCUUGACAUUUGCACCUAACGACAUAGGGCAAUUACGAACAGAUCGACCGGAAGUCUUUACCUUUCAAACACCGGAUGGUCAGCAGCGGGGCUUCCAUGUUCAAUUAGGCCUUGCGAAAAAAGACUCGAUUUAUUUUGUCCUUCUGGUGGUUCAUAUCCCAACAACUCCACAACUAUUCCAACAAUCGUCUUCGCCAUAUCCAAGAGACUCCGUGUCUCGUGAUUCUACAUAUGGUUACCAAACACCUAGCCAGCUGUCUUAUGCAUCUCAAACUCCGGGGACCUCACCAUUCAUGUCAAACCCUUCAUUCGGUGGUGAUAUGUCGGCCUAUCGAAACCCGGGGCAUUUAGGGCAAAAUAUUGUCAUGCCAAAUAAUGCCCCUUCAUAUGCGCAGCUUCAAGCAAGGCCUGAAUAUUCUCGAACUCAAAUGAACUACCCGGGGCCAAUGGGUGAAAUGAUACCAGGCCAACCUCAACCUCAACCACAGGCUCAACCUCAACCUCAACCACAAGCUCAACCUCAAACUCAACGGUCUUCAGAUCUUCAAUUACCCCCAAUACGUGGACAAGCACCUCUUACUGACGCUAGGGGACAAGUCGACCGCAGUAGUCGGGUCGAUAUUGGUGGUCUUUUGCAAAAUCCUGAUCCUUCACGGAGGAGAAAAUAAUCAAGCAAGCACAAUUUAAAUCUUAAAAUCAGGAGCGACCUUUCUAUACCAUGAUCUUUAAUAGUUGAAGGAAAAUCAACAGUUGUGCUGGUCGGGGAGUGGGACGGAAGUAAUCACUUCACCGCUAGAUUCAAAACCGAGCAGCCUAGCGCUUAAACACGGAAAUACAAAUUUCUUCAUCUUUAUUCCUCAUAUUCUUGUACUAUAUAUUGCAGCACUGCUAAAAUUUUUCAUCAUCUUCUCAAAAUAUCGCCCUAAUGCUUGUACAUUAUUUUGAGCGAACUAUCAAUUGUGCUGCUUUUAUCAUAUGGUGUGGGAUAUCAUUUAUCCAUAUGGCGCAUUUUGUCUGGAUCUCUUGUUGCGAUUAUUACCAAUAGGGCGUUUUGGUUUUUCGUUUUCGUUGUUGAUUUUGAAAAUGAAUUCGAGGCAUGUGUAAUCAUGAAGUAUUUCGUGUUUUCCUUCUCUUCUUUUAUAUAUGAGGAGGUAGGUAGGUAGGUAGGUAGGUAGGCAGGCGUGUAUGAUAGAUAUAUCUGAUGGUUGGUAUUUGGUAUGGGUAUUGGUCUUGGUGUUGGU